CCGAAGAAAAUAGUUCCAAUUUUUGUUUUGUUAAAAAGAUGCUUUUCAAGAUUUUUAAAUCCCGGAUGCGAAUCGUCAUAUUUUUCGGUGUGGUGGUAAUUAGCGACGCGAACGGUGGUUGGAUGGACGACCUUCCUCCACGGAUUGAAAAGGUGGACAAGGAAGUAUUCCAUCUUCCUCCAGAGGCAGAGAAUAUUUCAAUUUCCAACCAUUCGGGAACUGUGGUCUGUUUAUUCCACCUCGUUUCGACGUAUCGCCCCGCAAAACCCGGCCUUUCCGAUAUUACCUUCACUCCGGGUGAAAAUUUCGACGGGAGUCUGUGCACCCACGUGAUCUGUACGAGACUCAGCCUUUCUUACAAUCUCGGAAUCCAAGAAAACAACGAGUUCCGUGCGCUCCCCGUGGUUAAACAGCUCCAUGAAAAAUAUCCCACCACCAAAUUUCUCCUCGACGUGACCGUGUUGCCCGGCGGCGUGUACGACUACAUCGGUGAACCCCAGUACGAAGAGAUGAACCCGUUCGGCACUCCCACAAAUCCGGACGCAUAUGCCCACAAUAUGAGGUUUUUCCUUGACAAAGUUAAAAACACAGUGAGAGACCACGGUUUUCAAGGUGUGCACCUUAACCAAGCUUUUAACGGAGAGGAUCGCAGCCGUACCAAAGCACGAUACCGGGCAGUGGUUAAGGCUCUCAAGAUGGACUUUGCUCCAGAGAAUCUUGUCUUGACGAGCGAUCUGAUAAUGCAGGACGGGAAAAUAUCCGACGUCAACGACAUGUUCGACCUUGUCAUGGUCAAUCCUUCCGGACGAAAUUAUGACGACUUGGCCAAUUUCUUUUUCACGCCGGCUAAUUACUUAGACGGAAAGGGAAUUCGUGCCGGAAAUAAGUUUGUCCUGCAGGUUUACAUGUUCGGAUUUCUAGGCCAGUUUUCCACCAUGGAUGGAAGUGUGAAAAGGAAUUUCCAAAAUGAUUUGUGGGGCUAUAACGAAAUUUGCCAAAUCGUUGAGAACAGCGGGAUGGAUUUAUUAUGGGACUCCAAAGCUGGCGUGGCCAUACUCUCCAAUGGGACGAGGGGGGUGGUCACCCCCACCCCGAAAAGUGUCAUGGCCACCGUCGAGUUCGUCAUGACUGCGGGAUUACGCGGUGUCAUGAUCUUAUCCACGCCGGAAGACGAUUUCACCCCGUAUUGCGGAAAAGUGAAGUAUCCAUUGUCAAAAAGUGCGAAUUUCGCGAUGACCCGGGCUGAAAAUGAGGCUCUUAAAGGGAAGAAAUUUUGCUUUUACAAGUAUCGAAACUUGUUUCAAAAUCCGAGCAUACUUUUACCCACUAAAACGUCAAGUAAUAUAAUGUAUGCCUUGGUGAAUUCUACGAUUGAGUUAAAUUGCAGCGGGAUUGGAGAACCAGACAUAAAUUUAGCUUGGGCUGAAAUAAAUGCUACCCUGCAAAGCAACAAAUUAUUGAGCGAGUCAAACUUCGAAGAAUUGAAGGAUCCCGAUUGUCCUUCUAAUGUUACCAAAGUCCACAAAAUCGAGCUUUCCAUGACCACCCCAGGAAAUGAAACGUUUCAGUGUAAAGUUUCCAAUCUUUAUGGAAGUGAUUCAAACAAUUUGACCGUCAUCACUAGGCUCAAACCAUAUCUGCUCCGAAAUAACACCAUAAUCGCGGAGGAAGUAGAUUUCGACUUGAAUUUUGUCCUCCCGGAGGGCGAGACAUAUUGGGCCAAUCAAGUUGAAGACGCUGUCUUGUUUUGUGAAUUGGACGUGUUUGAAACCCUGGCUGGAUUGAAAGACUUCCUUGCCCUGGCAGGCGCCAGACUGGGCACGUGUACGCAUAUCGUCCUCAGCAAUAAUUCGAGUUGGUCAUGUGAUGGGGAAAUGGGGUGUUCAAAUCCUACUCCAGAACAAUUGGACCAAAUUGUUUACGUCAGGGAAAACUACAAAAGUCUAAAAGUGAUGAUGGGAGCUUUUGUUAAUUCGAACUAUCCGGCAAAAUUAUGGCUGCUUUCGAAGAAUGACUCCAUCUUACCUGAACUUCCCAGAGGACUCAAACUUGACGGACUACACGUGAAAAGUCACAAUAAUCAUAGGUUCAGAACUUUGUCAGAUUUUGUGGAAAAUGUGAAGACUAGAACAUCAUUUGAAUCAGGGCGGGAAUUGUUAACAGUUAGCGUCAAAGAUGCCGUGGGCGGGUCAAUUAGCAGGGAACGUUUCACAGAAAUGGCGCGUCACGUUGAUUUUAUCGUUCUUCGUGGUCACGACUUUAACAUGGGAUCUCCUCGGACAGGGCAUAAUUCACCUCUGGCCGCAUUUCAGCCAGAAGAUCAAUCCAUAACAGGCAGACUUAAACUACUUUUUGAGAAGUAUCUGGUACGAAAUGUUGUCCUGGAGUUGCCCACGACUGGAUUUUUGUACCAACUUUCAUCAUCCACGGAUGAUGGGGAGGACUUUUUCGGGCUGGGAAAAUCAAUCACGGGAAACCCACCAGAACGAAUUGGAUAUGAUGAAAUAUGUUCCAUUGCGCAAGGUGGUCACGUGGUUGAGUGGCACAUGUUUUGGGAUAAUGUUGCUCAAGUUCCCUUCCUGAAGAGGGGAGCCGCCUGGAUAUCGUUUGACUCCUUGAGAAGCAUUUAUGCCAAAAUAUCCCAUCAUUUUGGACCAAUCCUUCCACGCGGAGUAAUGCUAACCGGGCUACGAUUAGACAAUUAUGACGCAUCAUGUACCAAAGAAUCGGGUCAGGUCUCGCUACUCGGACUUAUCCAGGGGAUGAUGCGACUACCAAAAAAAACUCGAAUUGACCCGUUUGGAUUUCCAACUACAUCAAACAUGUCAUGGACAUACAUUGCAAUUGCUGCCCUUCUUGUCCUCCUCCUCGUCACCGUGGCAAUAUCACUGUUUCUUGUUUACCAUCGGAAUAAGUACCCCUACCUGACCAGGCAGGAUUUGGAACGGUUCAAAAAUGGAGAUCGCCCCAUUUUAAGUGAGGAUGGGACAACCACAUUGCAAAAUAAAAUACCCCAAGACAAUGGAGAGGAAGACAAUUAUACACGAAUACCGUACAGAGAAGAGCUCAUGGUUUCCAGGAACGAUUACGAAAUUGAUUUUACCAAAAUCUUGGGCUCCGGCGAAUUCGGGUUGGUCGUUAGUGGGACGCUGCAUGAGAGGCAAGUUGCGGUGAAGACGUUACCCGAAGGGGGCGAAGUGUCGAGGACCUCACUUCUCGCGUUGAUGAAUGAGAUCAAGCUUAUGAUGUAUUUGGGCAGUCAUCCCAACAUCGUCGAGUUGCUGGGUUGUGACACGAAAGGAGUGCAAAAAGGCAAAGUUUACAUGUUUCUUGAAUUCUGCCCGAUGGGAAAUCUCCUCAAUUUUCUUCGCGUGGCGUCAGCAAAUUUUAAGAAUCAGCAGCGACAAGAGACCCCCUCUGACCAAAUUUACAGUAAUGUGCUCCACCCCUCGAAAAAUGGGGGUUGUUUCGAUGACCUCACUUUGCUCGUGUGGUGCUACCAAAUCACGCACGGGUUGCGUUAUCUCGCCCACAAGAAAAUCAUUCAUGGCGACCUCUCCGCCAGAAACGUACUCCUCGUGAACAUUCAUCAUGUGAAAAUUUCGGAUUUUGGAUUAUCAAAACGCCUCCAAGAAAAUUAUGCAAUCUAUAAGAAAACUACACCGACUCAACUUCCUUGGAAAUGGCUGGCACCCGAGGUUCUCACCGAGCUGAAAUUUUCCAUCCGCAGCGACGUCUGGGCCUUGGGUGUGACGAUGUGGGAGGUUUACUCGAUGGGAUCAGUCCCAUAUCCUGGUCUCGGUUGGGAUAUUGGAUUCACGCAGAGAAUCGUGAAAGGCUUGCGACUACAACCACCAGCCCUGAUUACGUCCGCAAUGUUCAAAAUUUUGGAGGAAUGCUGGCAAUUGGCCCCCGAAGACAGGCCAAGUCUUUCUGUGAUUGAGGCCAAAAUUAUGUAUCUUAUCGAUUCCGAUGAAAAUCAAGUCUACACCAAUAUUGCUACUGGGUCUUAAAUACUUACAUAGUUGCCGGCAUAAAUAGGAAAUGGGAUACAAGCCGGUUUAUUAAAUAUCUAAUGUUAUGUACUGAUAAUUUAGUAACUGUUCGAAUCCUUAAAACUUACACAUAAUAAUUACUAUUAGAGUAUUAUAAUUUACAAAGUCUUAAUGCAAAAUUAUAGUUAAGGGGAUAAAAUUCCAAUUAAAUAUUUUAAAAA